UUGUAUUCAUUUUAAAGUGUUAAAAUCGAUGGAAACUGUUCAAGCGUUAGUUAUACAUGAUUAACGAUUUAUCCAACAGCGAAUGUUAUUUGUGUGAGUAAAGCUCAUCCGUACAGAAAAGGUGCGUCUCAUGUCGCUCCCUACGGAGAACCCUUCAGUGUCACGCUGCUUUCACACUGGACGCGCGAGCAGAAGCGGAGCAAAUACAGACGAGUCUCCCUCAUUCAGUCACGCUUUUCAGGUGUUCUCCGACAGCUGUCUGUCAUGUGCUUCGGUUCAUGAUAUGGGAGCAUACUCUGCUGUGACACGGCCGUGGUGUCAGGCCUCGGAGAGGCUUUUAUCAACAGACAAUGACAAAAACAGGGAAUGAAAGUGUCCAAAGGGAAAGUUUGAUCGAAAUAAACAGGGCAUCUGGUGUCUUCGUCGUGCUGCGGGGUUCGUGAAGGUGGGGCAGUGUUCACACAAAUUCCUUGUGUGUUUACGCACACUUGGCGAAUAAAACUAAAAAGCUAAUUCUGUAAGCGUCUGAGGAAACAAGACGGAGGGAUGUUAACGAGGGAAGGGUGCAAAAAUUGGACUGGAACACAGCCUCAGUUUGUCAUAACACGAAUCAAAAAUCCUGCUGGUGAAGUGAAAUGGCGUUUAUUAAACAGGAGAGUGAAGAUCUGAAGAUUACAGAAGUAUUCAGCUUGAAACAUGAAGAGACUGAGGAACAAACAGAACUGAUGGCAAUGAAAGAAGAGAAGCAAGAACUGAAUGAAACAGAAGUGAAAGAUCAAAAUGAGAAGCAUGAUUUCUUGCCUGUAGAAAAAUCCAUACCGACUGAAACAAACUCGGUUCAGAAGACCACAUCUCCCGGUUACUUAACUUGCCAUGAAUGUGGAAAGUGUUUCACACUUAAAAGAAACCUUAAUGAGCACAUGAAAAUUCACACUAGAGAGAAGCUGUUCACAUGCGAUCAGUGUGGAAAGUGUUUCACUAAAAAAAGCAAUCUUAAUAAACAUGUAACCAUUCACACUGGAGGGAAGCCGUUCACUUGUGGUCAGUGUGGAAAGAGUUUGAGAUAUAAAGAAACACUUAAAUCCCACAUGAGAGUUCACACUGGAGAGAAGCUGUUCACAUGCCAACACUGUGGAAAGAGUUUUGCACUUAAAGGAAACCUUAAAGAACACAUAAAAAUUCACACCGGAGAGAAGCCGUUCAAAUGCCAACACUGUGGAGUGAGUUUCACUAAAAAGGGAAACCUUAACGAACACAUCAAAAUUCACACCAGAGAGAAGCCAUUCAAAUGCCAACACUGUGAAAAGAGUUUCAAACUAAAAGGAAGCCUUAAUGAACAUGUAAUCAUUCACACUGGAGAGAAGCCGUUCAUAUGUGAUCAUUGUGGAAAGUGUUUCACUAAAAAAGGAAAUCUUAAUAAACAUGUAACCAUUCACACUGGAGGGAAGCCGUUCACUUGUGAUCAGUGUGGAAAGAGUUUCACUAAAAAAGGAAAUCUUAAUAAACAUGUAACCAUUCACACUGGAGGGAAGCCAUUCACUUGUGAUCAGUGUGGAAAGAGUUUCAGAUAUAAAGAAACACUUAAAUCCCACAUGAGAGUUCAUACUGGAGAGAAGCUGUUCACAUGCCAACACUGUGGAAAGAGUUUCACACUAAAAGGAAACCUUAAUGAACACAUCAAAAUUCACACCGGAGAGAAGCCGUUCACAUGCCAACACUGUGGAAAGAGUUUCGUUAAAAAAGGAGCCCUUGAUCAACAUAUAAUCAUUCAUUCAGAGAAGCCAUUCCCAUGUAAUCAGUGUGGAAAUAACUACAAAUAUGAAGAAAGCCUCAAGUUCCACAUGAGAGUUCACACUGGAGAGAAGAGAGAACAUUCAAGAUUCAAUUGUCAUCAGUGUGGAGAGAGUUUCAGUUGUAAAGUAAGCCUCUACACUCAUGUGAGACUUCAUACUACAGAGAAGGCUUUCACCUGCAAACUGUGCGGCGAUAGCUUCUCACAAAAUGGAAAUCUUAAGUCACACAUGAGAAUUCACACUGGAGAGAAGCAUUUAGUGUGGAAAGAGUUUCAGACAUAACCCUUGAUUCACACAUGAAAAUCCUAACAACUGUAAAUUCUGUAGGAUCACAGAAACAUGUUAUUCACUACUAUAUAGUGACAUGAUCGCUGUGAAAUAAAGGUGACAUUCACACUGAAGUUGAAUUUGGACCGAAUCUGAUUGUACACCUUCAUAACCAUUUGCAUUCUUUGCCUCUUUAUAACUUUUUUGUUUUUUGCCUUUUUGUUUUUAAUUUUUUUUAUCUUGUGCGUAUGAACUCCUGUGACUGCACCUGACCAUCUGCUUUGCUAUAGCUCAGUUCUCAAAUUUUUUUUUUUUUUUUUUUAAUUACACAUUUAAGUACUAAGUUAUACCAAUUAACUACAUGUACUUAAUAUAUUGUUAGGGUUAGGGUUUGGCUUAAGGUUGCUUGCAUGUAAUUAUGCAUAAUUUAUUGUUAUUAUAAUAGUAAGAACAUGUAACAAGGACACCUUAAAGGGUUUCCUUUUUUUGUCCCAAGGUCCACCUUUGUAAUUAUGAAAUUCAUCUUUGAAACUUUGCAGGUUUUUACAUUCACACACAGCUUUAUUGCACUCUGAAAUCUUAUAUCUGAAAAAGCAUACAUCUUAUUGACUUCUGUCUUUCUGAGACAUGCUGCAAUGUAAAUGAAAGAUUUUAAAUAAACAGGAUGUGAGUAAAAUAAUAAAUGUCAAAUUGCAUUAUUUGAUUCAUCUUUAGUGAAUGCACAUAAGUGGAGUCAAAAUUUAGGUUCAGCCCAACAGAGCUGAGCUCCUCUCUGAAUAUACAAAUGGGUACCUUCCUGGAACCCAGCUACUUGUCCUUUAGUAUCAAAGUGUCAGCAGAAGCAUCAAUAUCACCUAGAGUGGUGAAAAAAAGAAAUGUAGUUCGCUUUAAUUGAGAGUCCCACUUGUUUUACACUGAACAUAGUCCU